AUCCCUUGUUUGAAUAAAUAAAUGACAGAAAUGUUAAAAUGAUGGAAUUUUAUUAAAUAUUUUACAAUGACUAAUUUUGGAGAAUUUACAAUUCCACCUAAUUCGAUAGAAUUGUGAAUUCCUUCGUUCUCUCUCUAUGGCACGUUGGUUUCAGAUCUCGUUCACCUCUCUCAUGGCGAUUCUUCUCUAGCUUCAGAUCUUGUGCACUCUCUCUUCCCCGAAGCUUCUCAACAAUCGCUCUUCUGAUUAGGGCUUCCAAACUUGCUCUUCUCACUCUGGGCUCCCGAACUCGUUCUUCUCACUCUGGACUUCCGAAAUUGCUCUUCUCCCUCAGUAUUCUUUUCAGAAUCUUUAUUUUUCAAGAAAUGGACAUUAGUAUAGCCGACACUUCAAUAAAGCGUAAAAGAAAUGAAGAAGAAAUGGAAGAGCUUGAGCAAACAACAUUAAUUGUUGUUAGUGUUGUUACUACGCUAUUAGGAGUAAUGGCUUGGUAUCAUGACAAAUAUUUUGUUAAGGAACCAACUCGUAAUUGGGAAUUGGAAAGGCACAAUUUCCUUAACCGUCUAUACAGAGGAACCGAAAUUGAUUGCAUGGAGCAAUUAAGAGUUAGUAAAGGAGCAUUUUUUAAACUUUGUAGAAUUUUAGAAGAAAAAGGCAAUUAGUAAAGACAAGAAAUUGCCCAACAACUGAAGCUGUGGCAGUGUUUUUGCAUAUCCUUGCUCACAACCUAAAAUAUAGAGUCAUACACUUUAACUACUGCCGAUCAAAAGAAACAGUGGGUAGACAAUUCAAUAAUAUCCUUAUAGCUGUUAUGAAAGUAAGCCGAGAUUAUUUGAAGUUUCACGACUAUAAUCUAGACGGCCUUGAGGCAAAUAAAUGGAAAUGGUUUGAGAAUUCAAUUGGAGCACUUGAUGGGACACAUAUUCCAGCAACAGUUGCUGCAGAAGAUAGGCCUAGAUACCGUAAUAGAAAGGGUGACAUAUCUACAAAUGUUUUAGGAGUUUGUGGUCCAGAUUUAAGGUUUAUCUAUGUGUUACUAGGGUGGGAAGGGUCUGCAGGAGAUUCUCGGGUAUUGCGAGAUGCUUUACAUCGUCAAAAUUGUCUUCGAAUUCCAAACGGUAAAUACUUUCUUGUGGAUGUGGGAUAUACAAAUGGUCCUGGAUUUUUAGCACCAUAUAGAGGGACUAGAUAUCAUCUCAAAGAGUGGGUUGGAAACACUCCUCAAAAUUACAAGGAAUUGUUUAAUCUUCGUCAUUCAAGUGCAAGAAAUGUAAUUGAAAGGUCAUUUUGGAUAUUGAAGAAAAGAUGGAGUAUAUUAAGAACUCCUUAUUUUUUUGAUAUAAAAACACAAAUUAGAAUUAUUAAUGCUUGUUUCAUAUUGCACAAUUUCAUAAUAGAUGAAAAACAAAGUGGUCAAUAUUUAGAGGCUCAAGACUUGGAUCUUUUAUCUAUUGUUGAUGAAGAGUUAACCAACCAACAAACAAAAAGAGGAACAACUAAUGGUGUAGAUGAGGUCGCAAGUGUUCAAGUGACUGAAGAGUGGACAACAUUUCGUGACACAUAUGCGAUAAAAAUGUUUGCUGAGUAUCAAGAGAGAAGAAAUAUUUCUUAUGCUUAGUGGAUUUUAGAUUGAUUUUUUUAUUUGUUACAGACCUUUAUUAGGAGUUGAUAGUUUGUAUUUUUCAUUUUGUUGCUUUUGUUUGUUGAAUAUUAAGAGAGAAGAAUAUUUCUUAUGCUUAUGUUUGCUCCUUUUUAUAUGCAAUGAAAAUGAAUGUCUUAUAUAUUGUGUGGCUAUUUUUUAUUGAUAUCUUAUUAAUAUAUUUUUGUUUCUCUAUUAUUGAUAUUUGAUUGUUAUCAUGUGUGUUUAGUUGAUUUCAAGAAAUGGAUUCUAGUUUAGCCAAUGCAAGAAUGAUCAAAGAAGUUUGGGCCGCCAAAGUGACGGAGCUUGGAAAACAGUAGCAUACAACGCUGCAGCUGAUGUUUUGUCUACACGCUUUAAUGUUCUGGUUACAGGAGAGAACGUCAAAAACCGCAUCAAACUUUGGCGAGGAUGGUAUGGGAUAAUUAGUGAUAUUCUUAGUCAAAGUGGGUUUGAUUGGGAUGGAACAAAAUGCAUGAUCAAUGUUGAAGAUGAAAAUGCUUGGAAUGAAUAUCUCAAGAAGCUAAAAGGUUCCGAUUUAAGGUUAUACCGAAUUGGAAUGACAUUGUAGACAUAUGUGCGAAAGAUAGGGCUAAUGGAGUUCAAGUAGAACAUGCAUUUGAUGCGAAUGAUGUCAUGAGCAAAGAGGUAGUUGAAGAUGAAGAAGGGUCCACUGUGCAUAUUGAUUUAGAGGAACCAAGUUCCGCAACAAAGAAAAAAAUGCAACAUACUCGUGCUUAUAAGGGUAGAGACAAAGAAGGGAUGAUAAGCUCUAUUAGAGAAGUGGCUCAGUCAUUGAAAGAUUUUGUGCAAGUUAGUAAAAAAAGGAUGGAAGGAAAUGCUCAAGAAGUGGUGCAAGAAGUGUUGAAUGAAAUGGAGAUGAUUGUUGAUUGUGAUGACACUUUACGCUAUGGAGCAAUAAAUUGGUUGACCGAAAAUCCAAACAAAAUAGCGAUUCUCAAAGCUCUUCCAUUGUGGGAGAAGAAAAAGUUUCUAUUGGCUUCCAUGCCUUGAGACCAAAGGAAACAAUUGAAGGAUGAAAGUUUUAGUUGGACUCUCUUAUACAUGUGUAUUUGACAUUUGUUAUGAAAUUGCUAUAUUAGUAGUUUAUAUUUUAAAGUUGAGUAUGAUAAAAUUUAUAAUACAUUGUUUUAUGUUUUUGUAUGACAUUCUCGUGAUAGACAUAUGAUAUAUGUUUUUUCAUAUUUAGACUUUUAUAAUACAAUGAACAAAGUUAUUUGAGUUAUUUAUAUGUUUUAUUUUUUUAUUUUUUAUAUAUGGAUUUGUA